AUGGCUCUGCGUGUAGCGGUCGAGAAGGCCGCGGCUGCGUCCAGCCCGGCCGUGACGCUGUACCGGUACAUUACCAAGCAGGUUCCACGUGUGCUCACGCUUUACGACAUCCCCAUGGAGCCAUCAGAGGCGCGACUGGCGGUACAGGCGCUCUUCCGUCAACACGCGAACGUGAGAGACCCGCGCGUGGUGGAUAUGCUCAUUACGAAGGCCAACAUGGAGCUGGAGGAGACGCUCAUGCAGUGGAAACAGAAGGUGCAUCUCAUGGCGUUGCUGGAGCAUGGCCAGGCGCUGCGCACGCCGGUGCCGGCUGUGGAUUCGGCCGAGCAGGCGCUCGAGAAACAGACAGACAGACAGACAAGCAGACAGGCAGGACUCGGGUGGAAGCACUGGCCUUUGCAGUCGAUAACUUAG